AUGCGGCUACUGGACCACACGAGAAGACAAUGGAGAACGCUGCGAUCUACGUGGAUCAUGCUUCUUGUACAUUCAUUGUUUUUGAUGGUGCUCAUCCUAUCCGGUUUGCAGCGAAACGCAGUGGAUGCUGCGCUGCAAGACGCAUCGAAGAAUGUGACUGAUAUAAUUGAAGCUAUGGGGAUGCAAGAGCAACUUUUCGGAGUGAGAAGAACGGAAAGUCGUUGCAGAGAUGAUACGAUCGCGUACGAUAUUAUGGAAGCUGCGAUUCUGAUGGCUCCUACCAACGUAUUAUUUCCGGCUGGCAUACCACAAGAUUUUUCUAUCUUGGUUGUUGCAAAGCCGAGAGCUAACGAGUCAACGUCCAAAGAUUACUCCACGUCGGUACUUUUUACUAUCUACGGUGAUAGUGGCGAAGAACAGUUAAUUCUUUCGUUGGGGCGCAAUAUUGAAUUUUUCUAUAGCACAAAUCCAGACAACAGAAAUGAACCUAUUUCUUUUGAUGUCGGUAUUUCCGACGGGCAAUGGCAUCGAUUAGGAGUUAGUAUUAAGGGAGAUGCCGUUACGAUUAUUCUCGAUUGCAAUAGACAUAUUACGAAAAAAUUGCGGAAGAAUGUCGAAAAAACAAUUGCUGGCAUCCUUAUGAUUGGACAACAACUUAAGGGUGAUUUAUAUCUGGGAAGUCUUGAGAUGCUGAAAAUUGCUCUAAAUCCAGACGCUGCUUACGAAAUCUGUACAACGUUUGCGCCAGAUUGUGAACGUGAAUCAAGAUAUGGACUGAAUUAUAAUUCAUCUUUCAAUGAAGAUGAUUACGAAGAAGAAAACGAGAGUGACUCAGAUGAAGAUGAUAACCGAGAUUUUCUACCUCAUGGCACAAUAACAAAUACAAUUAACGUUUUGACAUCAGCGACUAAGAAUUCCACAUCUUACGAAGUGGAAAUAACGACGAUGGCGAAUGUGUAUAAUGCGGAAUCAAAUCAUCAGCAGAAUUACGGAGAAUCGACAAAUAACCCUUACGACGAAGAAUAUAUAAAGCGUUAUAAUAACCGAGGUUCACCUGGGCUCCGUGGGUUUCCUGGGCCGCCAGGAGUACUCGGCCCUCCCGGCGAGAAGGGCGAACCCGGACGAGAUGGAUUGCCCGGAUUGCCAGGUGUAUCUGGUCCGCCAGGUAACGUCUUCGUGAUACCCUCGUUGAAUCAACAGGGCAACGAAAAAGGACCGGAUUCUCAGGCAGAAAUGUUGCGGCAGAUGAUAUCACAACAUAUGCUUGCAAUGAGAGGCGUAGAAGGCCCGAUGGGUCUUACAGGUGUCCCGGGUCCAGAUGGACCGCCUGGGCCUCAAGGUCAGAAAGGAGAACCUGGUGAAAUCGGCGAACCUGGACUUAGAGGGGAUCAAGGAAGUCCUGGAAAUCCUGGCAGAGAGGGUAGGAGAGGUCGUCCCGGCAGAGACGGCGAACGCGGUCUCAGUGGACUGCCAGGAAUGAAAGGAGAGCAAGGGCAAAUAGGAUUACCAGGUCUACCAGGUGAUAAAGGCGAACGGGGAUCCUCAGGUAAACCUGGUGAAUCAGGUUUGCCUGGUCACGAAGGAAUGCAGGGUGAAGAUGGUCCUCCAGGUUUACCAGGUCUACCCGGUGAAUUGGGUCCGAGAGGGUUUAUUGGACCAAGAGGUUUUGCUGGAUUACCAGGUAAUCCCGGUAUUCCUGGAAACGAAGGGCCACCCGGUAUUAAAGGUAAUGCUGGUCCACUCGGUCCACCUGGUGCACCGGGACAAUCAGGACCUACAGGUUCAAUAGGACCACCUGGACCUCAGGGUCCACUAGGGCCGAUCGGUUUAGUUGGUCCACAAGGAAAACCAGGAAUUCCAGGUCUUUCGGGUGCUGAUGGAUCUCCUGGACUUCCAGGCAAUCCUGGAAUCCCAGGGACAAAGGGCGAGCAAGGUCCAUCGGGUUUACAGGGACCGGUGGGAUUUCCGGGUGUUCGAGGUGUAAAGGGCGAUGAGGGGCAACGUGGCGUAGCAGGUGAACGCGGUGAAAAAGGUGAUAGAGGUUUGGAAGGCGAAAAAGGUGACACCGGAGCGAAAGGAGAGCCCGGAGCGACAGGUCCGCAGGGCAUUCCUGGCCUUGAAGGUUUGGAAGGGUCGAAAGGUUUUGAGGGACUUCGUGGUGAGACUGGGCCCGCUGGUUUGCCUGGAGAAAAGGGAAAGGUAGGCCUACCAGGGUACGUUGGUUAUCCUGGAAAUCCUGGAGAAAAAGGGGACAAAGGGCAACUAGGAAUUCAAGGAUCAAGCGGCGAUAAAGGAGAAAGAGGAAACAGCGGAUUACAAGGAGAACGAGGUACAACGGGCCCACGGGGUUUUAGAGGAACUCGUGGAAGAAGAGGCGCGGAAGGAUUACCAGGACCAAAAGGCGACACUGGUCAGCCGGGCCCCCCUGGAUCGUCAGGAGAGAUCGGGCCUCCCGGUGUUGAAGGUCCACGUGGAUUCGCUGGACCAUCGGGUCCACCGGGUCUCGAUGGAAAAGAUGGUAUACCAGGUCCACCCGGUGAGCGUGGUCCAACUGGUGAAUCAGGAUCUCCAGGACCUCCGGGAAUUCCCGGUGUUAUUGGUCUUCCAGGACCAUCUGGAGAACCUGGUCAACCAGGCGAGCCUGGAGCAUCUGGUAGUCCGGGGGCUCCGGGUGAAAUCGGUUUACCGGGUGAACAAGGGAAAGAAGGGCCGACGGGUCCAUCUGGCUUGACAGGACUCAAAGGAUCGCCGGGUCCUGGCGGAUUACCAGGAUUUCCAGGUGAAAGAGGUCUGAGCGGUUUACCGGGAUUGCCUGGCUUGAAGGGUGAAAUGGGACUUAUUGGAGCUCAAGGGCCACCCGGUGACAAGGGUAUUCAAGGAGAACCCGGAAAAGACGGAUCGCCAGGUCCAGAAGGGAAACAAGGGCACAAAGGAGAUGAGGGUUCCAUCGGCCUCAAAGGCGAAAAAGGUGAUCCUGGGCCAGUUGGACCUGUAGGUCGUGACGGUCUACCGGGACAACGGGGUUUAUCAGGCCCACCCGGACCAGUUGGUUCUCCGGGCGAAGACGGUGAUAAAGGAAACGUAGGUCCACCUGGUGAAAAAGGAUUCAAAGGAUCUCAAGGGGACGUAGGUUUUCCAGGUCCGCAAGGAGUACAAGGACCACGUGGUGAAUCUGGUUUAGUAGGUCCUCCAGGAGAGAAAGGACCACCGGGUGAGAUUGGACAGCGAGGGCCAAAAGGCGAGGUCGGUCCGGUCGGGGCAACUGGACCUGCUGGAUCUGUAGGACCGAGUGGUUUACCAGGUCAACCAGGUGUAAAAGGUGAAGUUGGAGAUCCUGGAACUAUUGGUUCUAUAGGUCCUUUAGGAAUUCCGGGAGAGCGAGGUCUAAGAGGGUCCAAGGGCCUUAAGGGUACAAAAGGUCCGACGGGUCCGGAAGGUCGUCAAGGCGAAAAAGGAGAUGACGGAAUGCCAGGACCUCUCGGAAAGCCAGGACUAGAGGGAAAACAGGGAGAAAGAGGUCUACCAGGAAUAAAGGGAGAGGAAGGUAAAUUAGGACUUCUUGGACUUCCUGGACUACGAGGAUUAAUUGGUCCCGAGGGACCAAAAGGUGAUGCUGGGUUACCUGGUCUUCCUGGUCCGCCUGGAGAACCCGGUCUCAUGGGCGCGAAAGGUGAGUCUGGAAAGGACGGCGAGGAUGGACGAAUAGGUGAUCCUGGCGUACCAGGCGAAGCUGGACUACCUGGCAAGGAAGGAUUAUCGGGUCCUCCUGGGAAAUCGGGUCCGGAAGGACUUGCGGGUCAGCAAGGUAAUACAGGUUUGCCAGGAGAGAAAGGAGAUAUCGGUCUCCCUGGAGCGCCGGGUUUUGAAGGACCUGUCGGACCUCAAGGUCCUUCUGGUUUGCCUGGCUUACCAGGCGAAAGAGGUUUGCCAGGCGCGGCUGGGGAAAAUGGUAUUGUAGGUAUGCCGGGAGCUGUUGGAGCUCCUGGGAUUAUUGGACCGAUUGGUUUAAAAGGCCAGAAAGGUGAUAAAGGUCGUAGAGGAAUUAAAGGAUAUCGAGGCGAACCGGGACUGAUUGGAAUUAAAGGCGAUCAUGGAAAACGGGGAGAGAAAGGUGAUCGCGGACUUCCUGGAACACAAGGAUUCAAAGGAAAUCCUGGACAUUCUGGUCAGGUUGGACCUAGAGGGGAACAAGGAUUUGUUGGUCUACCCGGACCAUUGGGACCGCCUGGGCUAAAAGGUAAUGCUGGAAAUGAUGGGAUGCGAGGUGACCUAGGUCCGGCGGGUCCGCCAGGCCCACCAGGACCGCCUGGCUUGUCAAUAGGACAGUCCGAUUUUGACAGAAUAAUACCACCUAUGAUAUAUCGUGACCAAUUAGCCAGAAGAAAACGUGAUGCUUUCGAGGACAUCGAUGAAGAGGAGAUAUUCGACAAGAAGCUUUCAGACAUAAACAAGGCUUUUUAUAACAUACGACAGGAAUUGCAUUUAAUGCGUAAGCCAAUUGGUACCAGAGAUAAUCCGGCGAGGACAUGCAGAGACUUGUUUUACGGACAUUCUGAUUUUAAGGAUGGUUGGUACUGGAUCGAUCCAAAUUUGGGCAUGCCAGACGACGCUAUUAGUGUGAUUUGUAAUAUCACGAACAUGGGCGAAACUUGCAUCUUUCCAGACAUUCACAGUAGUCACAUGCCGAGCAUACCGUGGAGAAAAGAAAAUAAUAAAACCGACUGGUACUCGCAUCUACGUGGAGGAUUUAGAAUAAGUUAUGAGACAAUCGGAGUUGUGCAGAUGAACUUCCUACGUCUACUUAGUCAAGAAGCUUAUCAGAAUUUUACGUAUACGUGCACGAACAGCGUUGCUUGGUACGAUGGCGAGAAUCGCAAUUACAAUCUCUCACUGCGAUUACUCGGCGACAACGGGGACGAAUUUUCGUACAACAAUAUCAGGCCUCACCUCAUCGCGGACGAGUGCAAGAGCCGAAGUCGUAAGGAGACCGUGUUCUUAAUUCGCACCAGCAAGUUACAACAGCUACCGCUGAUCGAUUUUUAUCCAGUCGAUUACGGAUUACCACAACAAGCUUUCGGCUUCAAAGUCGGCCCAGUUUGUUUCAAAUAGGCCAGUAAAUUUCAUCACACUAUUGUCUCGUAAUUAUAUAAUUUUUUACAUAAUUAGUAAUUAAUUAAGAACACGAGAAGUGUAAUUUAAUGCGAGGUUCGAUUUAUGCAUAAUUCAAGAAGUAGGAGAUUUUUAUCGUGUAUUUAUAGCAUGAUUAUGGACUUUAUA